AUGAACUUAGAGAUAAUUAAACUAAAACAAGACGUACAAACAAGGUGGAACUCUACUUUCUAUAUGUUUGAAAGAUUGUUAAAAGUCAAAGCUCCUCUAUCCGCUACUUUAUCACUUAUUGACUCACCUCCGCCAAACUUAAAUUCAACUGAAUGGCAGAUUCUGGAAGAUUGUGUGGCUCUUUUACAACCAGUGGAAAAAAUCAGCACCGUAUUAUCUGGGGAGUCUUACCCGACGCAGUCUAUCAUUAUUCCCCUAGUAAGAGGAUUACAGAGUGCUAUAAUAAAGAAGAGACCAAGCACUGAACCUGGAAAUCACUUACAGAGGUCAUUAUUGGAAAUUAUAGACAAAAGACUAGGUGUUUAUGAAUCGAAUCGGACUGCAGCAAAGGCGACCAUUCUAGACCCUCGAUUUAAAAAAAAUGCAUUUGGGACCAUUAGUACUGCAGAAAAUGCAGUUAAAUAUGUAUUAGAGGAACUGGUUCAAUAUCAGCCAGUUCAGGGGCAAACAUCAGAACGAGCCAUUGCUUCGACAUCUGAAGUUUCCAUUUCAAAUAAGGCCGAUGACUCGGAUAUAUGGGAAGACUUUGACAGGAAAAUAAGUGAAACUGUCAUGCAUCAGACUCCAAUCUCUUCUGCUUCCAUUGUUUUAAGACAAUAUCUAGAUCUGCCAUAUCUAGACAGAAAGCAAAACCCAAUACAUUUUUGGAAGCAAAGGGAAAAUGUAUAUCCAACCCUAUGCCGGAUGGCAUAUAAAUAUUUAUGCAUUCCCGCUACCUCAGUGCCGUCGGAACGACUUUUUUCAAAGGCUGGUUUACUUACGAAUCAAAGAAGGAACAGACUCAUGCCAAAAAAAGUUGACCAAAUAUUAUUUUUAAAUUCUUUCUGUAGCGAAAAGAGGACGUAUUGA